AUGCUUCGUAUGCUUGGCAUACUUACGGCAAGAGUCAUGAUUGAUAGCGACGCCCCUCACAACGAGACUUGGGUUACUCUCACCACCAAGUAUCUACACGCAGGGGUAACACACGCGCAUGCUUUGAAGUUCUGGCACCCGAUGCUGAGGCCGCUCGUUCACCGAUUCGUGCCAGGAUACGCUGAGGUGCAGAGGCAACUCAACCUUGAGAGGUCGAUAGUUGUCGACGCAAUUCGCAAAGUAGAAGAGCGUGAGGAGAACGGAGUACCGGAGCCUCAACCGACGAGUGUGCUCUACCAUAUGUCUCGCAAAGCACCAGGCACUUCUUCCGCGGUCAUCGACAUGCAUCUCAAGGAGCAACUGAAUCUUGCUGUCGGGAGAAUACACACCACUUCAGCCGUCCUCACUCAGACGCUAUUUGAGCUUUCUGCGCAUCCGACUUAUGUCCCAGAGUUGAGAAAGGAAAUCAUUCACACUUUAGUCAAGUUUGAUGGAGAAUUUUCAAAAGCAGCUUUGUGGGACAUGCACAAGUUGGACAGUUUCAUUCGCGAGACUCACCGUUUGAGCUCGCCGAACUUGACAACUCUGCAGAGACGGGUUACCCAGGAUGUCACUCUUUCCGACGGCACCUUCAUCCCUAGUGGAACGAAGCUCGAGUUUCCAACGUUCGCCAUCCACCGUGAUAGCGAAUUCUUCGACAACGCUGCCGAGUUCGACGGCUUCACAUUCUUGAAAUUGCGCCAGGAAGAUGACAAAGAUGGCGGAAAGCAUCACUACGUCAGCACUCGUAAGGAUAUGUUGGGCUGGGGGCUAGGCAAGACGGCAUGUCCUGGCCGAUUCCUGGCCGACAUUGAGAUCAAGCUGAUCGUUGCAUUCAUCCUGAUGAACUACGACAUCAAGAACCCGGAUGGCCAAGGCAGACAUUCGCAUGUCCGUUUCGAGAAUCAGGUAUGA